AUGCUCGCUCCCACCCUCAAGUCCAAGAUCCAGUCCCUACGGCCCAACACCUUUCGCCUAGUGCCAUCACCACAGCUAUACCGCACCCAGUCAACCCUUACCAACAACACACCCUACUGGAACCACAUUCCUUCAUGGCAGGAUAUUUCCCACGAUGAGUUUGUGUCCUACCGGUGGCAGCUGAAAAACACUGUCUCGGACAAGCAUAAACUCUUCCAAUUUCUCAACCAAGCUUUGCCCGAUAAAAUCGGCCCCACCAAUAACGAGCAACUGCAGAAAAUUCGGACCAAAGACAACUUCAUCGAAGAUGCUGUUGCUGCUAUCAAAUUGGCGCCAAUGGCUAUUCGCCUAACGCCACAUGUCCUCUCUCUGGUCGAUUGGAACAACCCACUUGACGACCCCAUUCGGAGGCAGUUCCUCCCCCUCAGAAGCGGCAUCAUUCCAGACCACAAGCACUUGGAGCUGGAUUCUUUGCACGAGGAACAAGACAGCCCGGUUCCUGGACUCGUUCAUCGGUAUCCUGGACGAGCAUUGUUCUUAGCAACAUCCAUCUGCCCCGUCUACUGUCGCUUUUGCACCCGGUCAUACGCAGUCGGCGGAAAUACUGAAACUGUAUCGAAGAAGCCGCAAAAACCCAGUCGUACGCGAUGGGAGGUCGUAUUUGAGCACAUUGCCAAUGAUGAAUCUCUUGAGGAUAUUGUGGUUUCAGGCGGCGAUGCCUAUUUCCUGCAGCCGGACCACAUCCGAGAGAUUGGCAACAGGUUGCUCGAUAUACCCCACAUCAAGCGUGUUCGAUUUGCUUCCAAAGGACUAGCCGUUGCGCCCGGCCGUAUCCUGGAUACUUCAGAUCCUUGGACGGAUAGCUUGAUUGCUGUCUCCAACAAAGGCCGAGACAUGGGAAAGCAAGUCUGCCUGCAUACUCACAUCAACCAUGCCAACGAGAUUACGUGGAUAACCCGACUCGCUGCAAACAAACUGUUCAAGCACGGUGUCAUUGUACGCAAUCAGUCUGUCCUACUUAAGGGCGUCAAUAACAACUUUGCCGCGCUUUCCAGCCUCAUCAAGGGACUUUCUGAUAUCAACAUACAACCGUACUAUGUCUACCAAUGCGACAUGGUCCAAGGUAUCGAGGAUCUUCGAACGCCUCUCCAGGAAAUCAUCGACCUCGACAAACAACUGCGUGGGACCCUCUCCGGCUUCAUGAUGCCUUCUUUCGUCGUCGACCUUCCUGGCGGAGGUGGCAAACGCCUCGUCUCCACCUACGAGACCUACGACCAAGGCAUCGCCACAUACCGAGCCCCUGGCCUCCCUGGCACCAAGGGCGAAAUGACAUACACCUACCACGACCCAAAGCCCGUCAAAACAGCCGUGCUAGAAGAGUUCCAGCAACGCCAACAACAAGCUCUCGAGCGCGGCGAAACACUAGAAGAAUUCUUCGCCCAGCCCGCUGCCCGCAUGCCUCUUCCACCCCGGCCCAGCCCCUCAAGGCCGCCGCAGCAGGACUCUCCACGUCCACAGCCCGUAUCCACAGACAUGCCCCCGGAAUUAUGGGCUCCGACCCCAGAAUCCACAUAUGCGACGUAUUCUCGUGGAAUGUGA